CUGUGAAUUCAUGGCCUUGCCUCCCGAAGCACUGAAACGCAGAACGUACAAUGUAGCAGCAAUGAGUUUCACACCUGAAGAAAUUGUUCGAAGCGUGCAGAGGCACGUACCAGAUCUUAAAGUAACAUAUGCACCGGAUUCGCGCCAACAAAUCGCGGAUUCGUGGCCGCAGGUGUUUGAUGAUUCGGAAGCUCGAGCUGAAUGGAAUUGGAAGCCUCAAUAUGAUAUCGAUGGAAUGGUUGAUAUCAUGGUAGACGCACUGCGGCCCAAGUACCAAAUCUGAAUUACAAAACGGGUAAUGAAAGAGCCUUACACAGUUGCUAGCGGCACCUCGAAAAAAAAAAAAAGUUGAACAUUUUCAACUUGUAAUAAAAUGCCAAAGUAGCUCUCAUUAGAGAAUGAUCAAACUGAAACCAUUAGACUACAUUUUCAUUUCUAAAUCUUGUAUAUGUAAAUGACAUUUCUUUCGGUGUCUGAUAUCAGUUGCAAUCUGACUUACACAGAGGGAUUACAAGUCUAUUCGUAAACGUAUGUCCACUCAUGCCCUUCGAGCAAUCGUCUAGGAUUAAUGCUAGGAAAAGAUUCCUCCGUUAUUCCUUCUAGUUAAUGAUACUCAUGAUUCUAUAAUACACGAGUUAAUAUUU